AUGGGUAAGAAGGAAGGAGACUAUUUUAAACUCAAGGUCACUAUACAGGAGAGCAGUGAGAUUCACUUCCAAGUGAAAAUGACGACAUAUUUCAAGAAACUCAAAGAAUCACACUGUCAAAAACAGGGAGCUCCCAUGAAUUCAUCCAGAUUUCUCUUUGAAGGUCAGGAAAUUGCUGAUAAUCACACUCCACAAGAACUGGGAAUGUAG